GCGAGGCCCCGCCCCAUCUGGGCACCUGAAAUCCCUCAGGGCGGAGGAGGGCGGGGACGCAGAGCAUCUCGGGGACGCCUAGCCUGGAGGCCGUAGAGCUGUUUCUGCCUGUGGAGUAGCUCUGUCUCUUCCUCCCCGGGAAUACGAAUAAAAGAAUCUGAAAAAGUUGGAGAAGAUAAAGUAUAUUCAGUCGCUAAGCCAGAAGAUCAACAAAGUAGGAAAUGCACAAUUUUGAGGACGAGUUAACAUGUCCCAUUUGUUACAGUAUUUUUGAAGAUCCUCGUGUACUACCAUGCUCUCAUACGUUUUGUAGAAAUUGCUUGGAAAAUGUUCUUCAAGCAUCUGGGAACUUUUAUAUAUGGAGACCUUUACGAAUUCCACUCAAGUGCCCCAAUUGCAGAAGUAUUAUUGAAAUUGCUCCAAGUGGUAUUGAAUCUUUACCUGUUAAUUUUGCAUUAAGGGCUAUAAUUGAAAAGUACCAGCAAGAAGACCAUCCAGAUAUCGUUACCUGUCCUGAACAUUACAGACAACCAUUAAAUGUUUACUGUCUCCUAGAUAAAAAAUUAGUUUGUGGUCAUUGCCUUACCAUAGGUCAACAUCAUGGUCAUCCCAUAGAUGAUCUUCAGAGUGCCUAUCUGAAAGAAAAGGAUACACCUCAAAAACUGCUUGAACAGUUAACUGACACACACUGGACAGAUCUUACUCGUCUUAUUGAAAAGCUGGAAGAACAGAAAUCUCAUUCAGAGAAGAUGGUCCAAAGUGAUAAGGAAGUUGUUCUCCAGUAUUUUAAGGAGCUUAGUGAUACAUUAGAACAGAAAAAAAAAACCUUCCUAGCUGCUCUUGGUAAUGUUAGCAAUCUGAUUAAUCAAGAAUACACUCCACAAAUUGAAAGAAUGAAAGAAAUAAGAGAGCAGCAGCUUGAAUUAAUGACACUGACAACAUCUUUACAGGAAGAGUCUCCACUGAAAUUUCUUGAAAAAGUUGAUGAUAUCCGCCAACAUGUACAGAUUUUGAAACAAAGACCACUUCCUGAGGUUCACCCUGUUGAAAUUUAUCCUCGAGUAAGCCAAAUACUGAAAGAAGAUUGGAGCAGGACAGAAAUUGGACAAAUUAAGAAACUUCUCAUUCCUGAAAUGAAAAUUUCUUCAAAGAGGAUGCCAUGUUCCUGGCCUGAUAAGGAUGAAAAAGAAGUCGAAUUUUUUAAGAUUUUAAACAUAGUUAUAGUUACAUUAAUUUCAGUGAUACUGAUGUUGAUCCUUUUUUUUAACCAACACAUAAUCACCUUUUUAAAUGAAAUCACUUCAAUAUGUUUUUCUGAAGUCUCUCUAUCUGUUUACCAUAGUUUAUCCAACAAUUUGCAUGAUUUAAAGAAUAUGCUAUGUCACACUUUAUAUUUACUGAAGGAAUGCAUGUGGAAAAUAUUUUCUCAUUGAAAAUUCAAAUCUGAAUUGCUUAAAUAGGCUUACUCUGUACAGCAGAGACCAACAAUUGCUAAAGGGAGAAAUAGGGUAGCAUGGAUAAAUAGCAAACUAAAUUAUCAGAGUUGCAAAUACAAAUACAUAGAAAUGUUAAACCAUCCAUGUGUCUUAGAUGGAAAUAUGUCAGAAAUGACACAGAAUGUGUCUAAACUAGAAUAUCUAGUAACUAAUACAUUAUCCUAUUUUAUUUUGCUUGAUGCUGACUUUAUCGCUGUGACAUUGAAAUAUUUCUGUACCAAUCCUGUCUUUUAGCAUUAUUCUUUUACAUCAUCAUAUGCUGCAGUGGUUGGUUAGUGUUGCAGUUCUUUAUGUAUACAUAGCUUUUAGGUUAAAAGAUGGCAAAAUCCCUCAAGUGCAUAUAUACCUGUAUUUUGAUGUGGCCCCGGAGCCUUUGGGCAAAACCAGGAGGGUGAGUAGAGGUUUUAAUUCAAGCAGCAGUCUAAAAGUGGUAAGGGAUUGCUUACAUUAAGGUUGUUUCUGAUCAAACAUACAUGAUACAUUAAUGUAUUUUAGAUAAACAUUGCAUUAAAUCUAUCAACAUUCAUUCCUAACAAACUGCUGAUUUUGGAAAUGUGUUAGUGAACAGUGACCUUUCAAAUAAUGGUCUUUACUUUAUGGUUUGUGUAAAUGACUUUUGGUUAGUGCUUUAUUUAGUCUUACCAAUUUUUGGAUAAAAGCUCUAAAAACAUGUUAUUAGAAUAGUAUAUUGUUGAUAUAUUCCAUCCUUAGAGUUAGGUGGCAUCAUGUUAACUAUAUUCGUCUUAAAAAUGGUCUUAAGUUUUCUGCAAUUUGCUUAUGUGAAUAUCAAAGUACCAAUAAUUUAAUCUUUUCUUGAAUUUUGCUUAAAUGGGAGUCUGUAGUUAUUAAGUCAAAUCCCUUUAAUUAGUUCCCUUAUUAACAGGGACUGGAAUUGUGCUUGUGGUAGGACUUUUGGCUCUUUUGUCCAUGGAACUGUAAAUAUAAGGUUAUUUGCUUUCCAGAAAUCCUAAAUCAGCUGUUGCUCUUGGAUCCAUUCCCUAGGAGUCCUACCUAGCUCCGACUUUCAGGUCAUAUUAGGGAAUGCUCCUGGUCCUAGGUCACAUAUAAAAUGUCAUGAAUAUGACUAUAGUUCUAAAUUACUCCUGUUUGUUUAAGUUUUGAGAGAGAACAUGAGCAGACUCCAGGCUCUCAGCUAUCAGCAUAGGGCUCGAAUUCCCUAGCUGUGAAAUCACAACCUGAGCUGAAGUCGGAUGCUCAACUGAACCAUUCAGGUGCCCCUACUGAGAAGAAGUCUUAACACAAAAAUGGCUGGCUGUAUUAAAUUUAUGAUCAGAAUUAUCUAGCACAAUAAACAGUCAUGUGGGCAAAGAACAUUUGCAGGGUAUUAAUGGAAGUGGAGGGGAGAGCGAUUGAAGUAUCGAAAUAUACAACACAGUAACUUUACGCUGAAGUUGCAUUAAAUUUUAGUCACAACACAAAAAUGCCAUGUAUUUUUUGAGUACAUGUAUUAAUUAGUAAGCACUGAUAUUUGUUAGCUAUUAUGGGUCAAGCACUUACUGAAGUAGGUGUUCUACUUUUUAUAGAUAAGGAAACCCCAAAGUAAUUUGUCCAAGGCCAUACAGCCAGCAUAUGGGAGAACCCAUGUAUUAUUUUGAUAAUUAUUUUGAAAGUCCUGCUGUCAUGGUAUCAAAACUUUAAGCCAGUACAGUAGUUUUAUUUUUAUUAAAUUAAGGCUUCUAAUUUAUAUCUAAGAAUCAUUUGUAACUAAAAAUUGAAGCAUAUACCUAUGAACAUUUUAGGUUUGACAAACAUUUUGUAACUUGCCAGUUCUUAGUAGACAAAACUAUUUACCAAUUUUAUGUAGUAUGCAUGAACAUAGUCCCGAAUACAAAUAACUGAUUCUUACACAUGCUGCCUCUGUUUUGUAAUUUUUACCAGGAGUAUGAAAUUAUAAAAUUUAAAGUAUAUAAUCUUGAUAUAUUUCUAAGUUUUAUGUAUAACAAAAUAUUUUAAUAAACUUAUUUUGCUACUUUACUUGCA